GUCUCAACAUGAAGUGUGCUCUUAUCCUUCUAUCUUUGUUCGCCCUGGGGUACUCGGUACCGCUCUCCUACAAGGGAACCUAUCACAUCGUCCUCGAAGAUGAACACUCCAUCAGCAUAACUGGUCACUCCGGAAGCAGGCUCAUCUUCUCCAGAGUCUUGGGACAUUCCGGUCCAAGAAACGUGGAAAUCUUCUGGGAAGACACAUACGGCACGUUAACGAAACUCCCGCUGCACCACAAAAUCAGCUCAGUCGAUUCCCACUACUGGAACGAUUUGUCUGAAGCCGAUAUCCUGGUAAAAAUCUUCAGUCACUAUCAAGGAGAUGUUGAUGAACACAAAUACAACGACUUGUUGAGACAAGUUCACGUCUAUUACCAAGCAGGAUAUUUGGACUCAGCCAUUUACCAUGUAUUGAGAUGCCUCAGCGUUCACGAUGUCAGCUUCGAUAGGUGCAUUCACUGGGAUUCUCACUCAGUAGAUGGUACCUCACCGAGACACUUCUGGAACCUGAAUCACAAGUGGUUGAACACUUUCGAACAUCAUCAGCCUAUGUACCAUCUCAAUGGCGAAUGGAGGACCAGCUUUGGACAAGAAGGACAUUUGGGACACCUAGUUCCUCAACACUACUAUGGUCAUCAUUUGGAUGCCUCUGAAGGACAUUUGACUGAACCUGCCCAUUACCAGUCUGUGAUCAACCAUCAAGCACCCUGGAAUCAGUAUGGACAUCAUGUGCAUUCCACCCCACAUCAUCCGUAUUACCAACAUCACUACUUGAAUGUUCCUGUCGAGUACUGAAUGGAAUAUGAUUAUUUUGGAUGUUAACUCUGGAUAUUCAUGAUUAU